GCGAAUUUCAGAGUGGUGAUGCUUGCCAAUAUGCUAUAAAAACAUUCACCAACGGUAACGUGUGAUUCCAAUUACUUGCAGAAAAUAUUCAAAUUAAUAUUCAUGGUUCUUUUGUAAAUAGCUUUUUUCAUACACAAUGAAACCAAGAUGGAAGCAGUAUCUAUCUUUGACAGCAAUGCUUCUAGUCUCUGUUACCAUGGGACAGCCUGCAAGGUCGAGCGACGCAGCGAAUGCGGGUUCAGCUCUUGACAAAAACUCCAAGUAUGAAGCAGCCGCGGGACUCAAGGAAACCAAAACUACAGCGGGAAUUCCAAAAGAGAAAGUGAAAUGUCACGCGCGGAAUCUGCUGCAGUGUGGGAAGGCUGCUUUAGAGAAACUAUCGAAGAGCAAAGACAGCGACAAGAAGAUGAGAUGUCUCAUCAGAGAGGAUUUCCUGACGUGCAUGAGUGCGGAGCGCGAGAAGACCUGCCAGGCGGCGCAGGAGGCUGCAGACGCUAAACCCUACCGUGAGCCCCCGGAGGUGACGUCGCUCAGGAACGACCUCAGACGCAACUUCAAGAACUGUGUUCUCAGCUAUUCCAAACUUGAUGGAAGUUUAGGCUUGUGAGAUGUCAGUUAUAAUGAUUAAGAUUGUUUGGGAUUAGGAACACGUAGGCAACUUAUUAAUGAUGCGAUGAUUCUAGAAUUUUGAGAUGUUGAUUGAUUUGUUUAUGAAUAUUUUGAGAAGUAUAAUAAAUAUGAGAUACUGGA